AUGAGGGAGCACGAGCUGAGAGAAAGAGAAAUGAGAGAACGGGGCAACAUUGAGCUUCAGCGACAGCGAGAUGAGAUGAUCAUGAGGGAGCGCGAGCGUGAAGCCCGCGAGCGAGACCAGCUGGAACGUAUGCAUCAAGAACAACAUCAGCAACAACGUCCCGUACAGAGCCAUGCUGGCUCGAUUCCGAUCCAUCAGCCCGUUGCUUCCAAAGUGCAGAAUUCCAUCCAUGGCCCCAACGGUCUAUUGGCGAAUGGAGGUGCCGGGGCUCUGCCACACAAUGGCGCAGCUCCAUCCACCGCCGGCGGCCUCUUUGGAGGGCCUGCACAGCACGAAACACAACGGCCGUCGCAAUACAUGCAUCAACAAGUGGCAGCUCCACCUUCGCAGCAGCAAGGCCAGGCUUUCAUGCCUGGACCUUCACCCAUGCCUGCACCCGCACAACUGGCGCACGGCCAGCAACCCAUCCUUAAUGAUGCACUCAGCUACCUUGAUCAAGUCAAAGUUCGCUUCAGUGACCAACCAGACGUAUAUAAUCGCUUCUUGGAUAUCAUGAAAGACUUCAAAAGCCAGGCUAUCGACACACCGGGCGUUAUCGAGCGAGUGUCCAACUUGUUCAACGGACAUCCAGCUCUCAUCCAAGGGUUCAACACUUUUCUCCCACCUGGCUAUCGCAUUGAAUGCGGGACCGAUGACAAUCCCGAUGCCAUUCGGGUGACCACUCCAAGUGGAACAAUGACUCAAUCUCUUCACAACAGAGGUCGGACGCACUUUGAGCCUGCGCCAAUGAACCAGCAGCCGGCAAGUCGUCAAGAUCCGUUUGAAAGCCGACAUGGCUGGGGCCAGGCCCUCGGAGCAUCGCCAGGUCCACGACCAGCAGAAUUGCCUGGCUACAAACCCGCAUCGGGAGAAAGGCCGAUGGAUGAAGGCCCAGGUUCCAUGACUCAGCAGGAACAGCGUAACGUGUCAACCCUGCAGAGCGCUGUCACUGCUGUGACGAACGGGAUCGCAAGGCCGGCUUUGGCUGUCUCUCCUGGACCAGGCCAGCAAGGCCAGUAUCCUCAACAGGGGGGUACUUUCGGCGGUAACACGGCGCUCGGUGAAUUGAAACGCGGCGGGCCUGUCGAAUUCAAUCAUGCCAUCAGUUAUGUGAAUAAAAUAAAGAAUCGGUUUGCACAGCAACCUGAAAUUUACAAGCAGUUCCUCGAGAUUCUGCAGACCUACCAACGUGAAUCGAAGCCGAUUCAAGACGUCUACGCCCAGGUCACUCAACUCUUCGUGUCUGCACCUGACUUACUGGAAGAUUUCAAACAAUUCCUGCCCGAGUCGGCCGCUCACGGCAAGGCACAAGCCUCACGUGCAAUGGCACAGGAGGAACAGACCAACAACGUUCGCGGUGAUACGGGCUACGCCGCUGGAGCAAUCCCUCAGGCGCAAACCCCUCGGCCUACUUCGAAAAUGCCUCCUAUGGGCCAGUUUGAUCCACCCAGCACCAGUAAAGACAAUAAGAAGCGCCGUGGAGGACCCGGCGGGUCUAUUGCCAGCCAGCCUGCUGCGCAGUCAUCCUCUGACGCGAAUGUUCCCCAGAGUAAUCGAGCUGGACCGGUCCAGGUAGGGAAUGCAAACAAGCGCCCCAAGCUGGCAACUCAGCGCCAGCCUCCUGCCGAGACUGUUGUGACUUCGCCAACACUUGUUCCUGCGCCACCAGAACCCCUCCCGCCUUUCCCAAAUUUAUCCACCACCCAGGAAGAGCUUGGAUUCUUUGAUCGCGCAAAGAAGCAGAUAGGCAAUCGCGCCAGCUACGCCGAAUUCCUCAAACUGAUCAACCUUUACACGCAAGACCUCAUUGACAAGUACACCUUAGCUGACCGAGUUGGGUCAUUCAUCGGGGGCAGUCCUGACUUGAUGAAUUGGUUCAAGAACUUUCUCGGUAUCGAGGAGCAAGAUGAGGUGAUCGAGGCGCGUACUCGACCCGAUCCGGGACGGGUGAAUUUGUCGCAUUGCCGUGCUCUUGGUCCCAGCUACCGCCAUCUUCCAAAGCGAGAGCAAAAUAAACCUUGCAAAGGCCGAGACGGAAUGUGCUUUGAAGUUUUGAACGAUGUGUGGGCGUCUCAUCCAACAUGGGCUUCGGAAGACUCUGGCUUUGUUGCACAUCGCAAGAACCAAUACGAAGAAGCCCUGCAUCGAAUUGAGGAAGAGCGUCACGAUUAUGACUUCCACAUUGAGUCUUGCCAGCGCACCAUCCAAUUGAUGGAGCCUAUUGUCCAGCAAAUUGGUGUCAUGAGCGAAGCAGACCGAGCUGCUUUCAUCUUAGCACCUAGCCUAGGUGGAUCCAGUGAAGCGAUUCCGAAACGUAUCAUCAUGAAAGUGUAUGGCCGCGAAGUCGGCGGUAGGGUCAUGCAGGAGAUGUUCGCGCGUCCUACCGCGGUUCUUCCCAUCGUCCUAGCGAGACUCAAGCAGAAACUUGAAGAGUGGAAACAGGUCCAACGUGAAUGGGAAAAGGUGUGGCGUGACCAGAUUAACAAGCACUUCUGGAAGAGUCUUGACCAUCAGGGAAUCAACGCCAAAAACCUUGACAAGAAGAAUUUUCAGCAAAAGACGUUAACCAGCGAAAUCCAGGCCAAGUACGAAGAAGCGAAAAAGAAUCGCGAAAAUGGAAUCCCCGCGAAGAAACAUCAACUUCAGUACAAGUUUGAUGACCCGGACGUCAUCGCCGAUGCGGCGCGCUUGAUUCUGGUGUCACUUGAGUCAGACCGGGUCCAGUACAACAGCAUUGAGCAGGAUAAGAUCCGCAGUUGGCUUACGGAUUUCGUGAUUCGUUUCUUCGGUCUCGACCUUGAGAAGUUCCAGGAGCACAUCGACACUGAAGGUCUCAGAAAUCGGGAGCCCGACGAAGGUGCAGACCUUCACGAAAGUGAUGCCCAUGCUCCUACCAAGGGAAAGUCACAACGCAAGUCAGAUUGGCUUAGGAGGCAAGCACUUGAACGAAGACAUGGCAAAGAAGACAGCGUGGCAUCCGCAAGCAAAGAAUCAAGUCCUAUGCCUGGCGCUAUCAGUGAGAUGGAGUUGGAUGAAGACGCGGCAUCAGAGGUGCCUGACGCGCCCCAGCGUCCAUGGAUCAACAUCGCCAACAACGACACAUCGGCACGCCACCUCGCCAUGGAUGAACCAUACCCGCAUAGCACCUACAAUCUCUAUGCAAAUGCGAACAUCUACUGCUUCUUCCGACUUUUUGAGGCCAUGUACAGCCGACUACUCGCGAUCAAGUUGAACGAGAGCAACGUCCAAGAAGCUGUCGCAAGGUACAAAGGUGCAAGCCGGGGGGUCAAGCCUGCCAUUGAACUUCGCAUGAUCGACAAAGGCCCGGAGCAGUUCUUCUCCAGCCUCGACGGGAAGCAAAGUUAUUACAGCCAAAUCCUACAAAUGUGCGAGGACGUCCUGAUAGGCACAGGCGAGAUGAACCAACUCGAAGAGACCUUACGCCGCUACUACAACAAGAGUGGCUGGCAGCUUUACACUAUCGAGAGACUGGUCGGAGCCAUUCUACGAUUCAUCAUGAACAUUCUCAGUGGGGACUCGAAAGAUAAGAGCGUCGAGAUCACCAAUUUGUUCAUGAGGGACCGCGAACGUCCAGACACGACCAGAAAGCAGGAGAUACAGUACCGCAAGCAAGUCGAGCGACUGUCCAAGGACGGCGAGGUGUACCGUAUUAGCUAUAUGCCCGAGGAUCGAAUUUGCACGGUUCGGUUGUUCCCCCCCGAAGAAGCGACUUUCGACAGCGAUACGCUCUCAGAUGAGGCUCGAUGGCAGUACUAUGUAGCGUCGUACACCAUGACGGACGCUACCGAAGGGAUUGACCAGUCGCGCAUGCACAGUCCCUUCUUGCGACGAAACAUUGCUCCGCAGAAUGCACAUGUCGAGAUGGCAUAUCAAGAGGUUUACGGUGAUCUUAACCACUAUGAUGAGCAGACUGCAUUCAUCAGUCCUGAGUCGUACAAGCUGUUUCUCCAGAAGGGCUUCUCCUUUGUCCGAGGCGAGGCAGUCGAGAAGCCAAGCGCCAAGAGGUACGAAGUCGGCCAUAUCGAAGAAAGUGAAAGGUUCCGGGAGAAGUUCGUGCGCAACACUGCAUGGAUGAAAGACCAGAGAGCAGAAGAUGUGGAGCGCAAGAAGGCCGCAUGGGAAAGAGGCGUCAAGGAAGGAUUUCUGGGACUGGAGGAAUGA